AUGGGUAACUCUGCCUCCACCGGCUUCGUCUCCUCAACACCGAAGGUCUCGUGGGGCCGACUGACCGAGGACAUGGUGACGCUCAAAGACAGCAUGGCUCAACAGGAAGAGGAUCUGUGGCGAGUGAAAGCCAAAAGAGGCUUGUGCGUGAAGAAGAUCAGCGUCCACCAGAGCGUCCGCUACGUCGACCUCUCACUCCAGGGUCAGGGCGACUUCUCUCCCAGCUCAUGGCCUGGAAGCCUAAACCCCAGCUUCAUCGCCGAACAUGAGACACAUGUUCGGAGUUGGACAGUGACGGCUCCCUCGACUGUGGCGGGUCUGCCAGGGUCUUGUGUGGUCAUCCCCUGCUCUUACAACUACCCCACUGCCCCCGAGACCAUCACGAAAUUCACUGGGAUUUGGAGAGACAAGACCAGUCACGUGGUUUUCCAUCCUGACGGCUCCAAAAUCCAGCAGGGCUUCAAGAAUCGCACGGCGCUGUUAGGAGACGUCAGCCAGAAGAACUGCUCCCUGAAAGUCGAUCCUCUCAGAGAGAGUGACGUGGGGCCCUUUCACUUCAGGAUAGAAAUGGCCGGCUACAACAGUUUCUCUUACCUGGAAAAGGUGGUCUCCAUCAGGAUGCUGAGUCAGCUGAACCCCAUCAGCUUCACCUUGGAAGAGGUGGACAAUAAGACCAUGACGGCGUCCUGCUCGGUGUCUCACUCCUGCCCUGCCUCCCCUCCUGUCUUCACCUGGAGCCACUCUGGACUGCAGCAUUCGUACCCUCACCUGCUUAGUGACGGCCAGUGGACCCUAGCGUCCACGUUGACCUUUCACCCCACCUACGCCGACCACAGACAGACACUGCAGUGCACCGUGACCUACAGAGGAGGGCAGCAGCAGAACGCCUCCAGGAUCCUCGAGGUUAAAUACGCUCCGGUGAAGGUGGUGGUGGAUCAUGUGCCUCAGGUGAGGGAGGGAGACUCGGUGCUGCUGAGGUGCAGCAGUGACGCCAACCCUCCGGCCACUGGCUUCCUCUGGUACAACACCAGCGGCGCGCUCCUGGCCAGCGGCAGAAACCACACGCUGGUAAACGUCUCGCGGCACUCCGAGGGCGUCUUCUGCAGCGCCUCCAACGCUGUGGGCAGUGGGAGCUCCAGCGCGGUGCAGCUCAACGUGAUCUAUGCCCCUGAAAUCAAGCCGGUGUCCACGUGCUUCCUGCACGAAAGCAGGGUGAGGUGUGACUGCAUUGUGGAGUCUCACCCCCCCAGCACCGUCCGCUUCCUUGUUUCGGACAAAGUUGUUAGCAGCAAAGUUGAGAGACACGGAGACAUCACCAUAGCAACGCUGCAGACGGAUCUGGAGGCUUCCAGGUCGGUCUCCUGUCAGGCAGAGAACACCAUCGGCCGAAGCAGCGCUCAACUCUCCUCGCCAGAAAACAGAAAGAUGAAGACCAUCUACAUCAUCAUCUUCAUCACAGCAGCCGCCAUCUUUGUUAUCGUCUUCACCGUGGUGCUGAGGAAGUGUCUGAGGAGCUCCACAGAUGCGCCUGCUCUCCAACUCAGCGGCCUCCAGGCUCCGAGGGCAUUGACCACUAACCUCGCCUGCUCCUCAGAAAGCAAACAGGUCUACGACGACGCUCGUAAACCCAGCGUCUCCAGUGAGCCUGUCUAUGGGAACAUGCAGGAGGAGACCUACAUGGAAGCAGAUGACGAUGCAGUAUACGCCAAUGUGUAGGGAAGAUCUUGGAGGAGCAGCACUCUCCGUGGAUCCAUGUCGACUUGAUGCCAUCAGCUAAAACGCUGCCUUCAACUGCUCUGACUCUCCUGAAGGCCACACACAGUGAGAUGAAUCCACUCACUAAAUAUGGAAGUUGUGUGUUGCUGGCGUCAGGAUUUACUGAGAAACCAUUUUUGAACUGAUGCUUUCCAAACUCUUGUUUUGGAAACAGGAAGAGAAACAUGCACACAUGGAUUUGGUGAAUAGAAACCUAAAAUUCACUGCGCAAUAGUUGACAAACAUUCAUGAGCACUUCAUAUUUCUUUCCUCUCCUUUUGGCGUGAAAGUGAUGGAGUGUCGCGUGGGCUGUGUUUGUUGCGUUAGUCUGUGUGUUGUGUGAUCGAAAUAAACAAUUGAAUUCUUUCAUUCAAAUUACAAUCCUGGAAUUCAUUUCAACUUCAUGAAAUAUGGCAGAAACGUCUCAUUUCGAAUAAAUACACGGAGUCAUUGUGUGUAACCCACAAGAGGGAGACGAGCAUCUUUAGAAAAUGAGAGCAAAUGAUAGAGUUCAAUUAUUCUCAUUACUAUUAUCUCAUUCUGAAUCUUGACGCUUCCAUUCUUUCAUAUAAAACCUCUUUGUUCCCGUUUGACUCUUUGCACAUCUCGAUUGUUUUCAUAAGCGUUGCGCAACAGCAACCAUCAUCAAAGAAAUGAGGAAAUGAAUUGCAGAAAAUAAAAGUUGAAAAUGACCCUCAGUGAAUAUGGCUUAAAAAGAAGAAAUUACAUUGUUAUUGCAAUGCAAAUGCAAAAAGUAAAGAUGUAAAAACAAGCUGAACCAGAGUAAAAGAAGAAAAGGAUUUAUCCUUUAUCCUGCUUCUCGCAUCCAUCUGAGAGCUGCUUCCGGUCACUGGACAGACUGUGCCAGACCAGUGACUCUGAGACUCUGAGGCGAGACGGUUCACUGAGCAAGUCAGAGGGCUUUAAUGGAUGCAGAAUAAAACCAAAAGCAGAACAAGAAACCACAGGAAAUGCACUCAAAUCCCUUGGAUUCUCAUCAGGCGACAUGUUUAAGUGAAAUCCACAUUUGCGUAUAUGUGAUCAGUGUGUUCUUCCUUGGGCGCCAUGUGAGUCGCCUGGUUCUGAAAAGAGAAGUGGUUGUGUGAGGAAUGGGCCUCAUGUGGUUCAAUAUCAACUGAGGAGUUUUACAGAAUAGUUGACGUAAACCGGCUCAUCGAGGUUCUUCAUCGCAGGGGGAUCCUUAUCGGACUUCAGUGUUUCAUUUC